UUAGAAGAAAACACAGAAUGUGUAACAAAAGCUGUUUUCUGGCUGAAUGAGCUUGGUGCAGGGUUCUUUUAAACCCUCAGCACCCCUGUCUGCCAGACGAAAAGGGUUGUCUGAGGAAGUCUGCACUCACUACAUUAUAAGCAGCAGGGGAGAGUACCCACUGCUCGGCCUGGCCUGGUAGUGCAGGCCUGAAAUACCAGCUGCUCAUGAGGAGUUCAAGGCUAGCCUGGGCAACAGGUAAGUGGAGAAAGAGUUGGUAGGAAAGGGUUGGAGUUUGGACGUGGAGUUCCUGAUCCUGGAGGCUGGCCCAGUGGCUGGAUGCUGGGACCCCAAGAGGCCGUGGCCCGGGAGAAACUAAAGUUGGAGGAAGAGAAGAAAAAGAAACUGGAAAGAUUUAACAGCUCCAGACUGACUCUGGACAAUCUGACAGACUUGGAAAACUUGGUUCAAAGACGAAGAAAGAAACGACAGAGACACAAAGUCCCCCCCAGGGAACCUGAGUCUGGGGUUGAGCCUCAGCCACAGGUCCCACUGGAGCCUGUGGGCCUGGAAAUGUUCCUGAAGGCAGCUGCUGAGAACCAGGAGGCCCUGAUUGACAAGUACCUGGCAGACGGAGGGGACCCCAAUGCCCACGACAAGCUCCACCGCACAGCCUUGCACUGGGCCUGUCUGAAGGGCCACAGACAGCUGGUGAACAAGCUGCUGGCGGCAGGGGCUGCUAUAGAAGGGCGGGAUUUGCUGGACAGGACGCCUGUGUUCUGGGCCUGCCGCGGAGGACACCUGGACAUUCUCAAGCAGCUGCUUAACCAGGGAGCUCAGGUCAAUGCACAAGACAAGAUCUGGAGCACCCCUCUCCAUGUGGCAGUGCGCAUGGGACACUCGGACUGCCUGGAGCACCUCAUUGAGUGUGGCGCCCACAUCAAUGCACAGGAUAAGGAAGGGGACACAGCACUCCACGAGGCUGUGCGCUACGGACACCACAAGGCUACGAAGCUCCUGCUGCUCUAUGGAGCCAAGCUGGGCAUGAAGAAUGUGGCCUCCCUGACACCAGUGCAGCUGGCUCGAGACUGGCAGCGGGGCAUCCGGGAAGCCCUCCAGGCCCACAUGGGGCAUCCCCGCACCCGGUGCUGAUGACUGGCACCUGUGGGUCACUCACAGCCACCAUUCCACACCCACCCACCACCCCAGUCCCAAUUUCUCUCUGGCUUUGCUUCCUUGGGCCUGAGGCAACAGGUAGAGCAGGCCUCCUGGGUUUCGGUGAGACACACUGUUCCCUGCCAGGGCUGAAGCAGAGGACCACGGGGCAAGAAACAAAGGGGUCCAGAUGAGGCCAAGGCCAGGGCACAAGUGAGCAGAUGGGUGCUACCCUCAGCUAGGUCUAGGCCUUGGUCUACCAACCCUUAGACUAGGAGACUGGUCUUGGCCUGUUCUCCUGUAAGUAGACAUUCAGAUGUGGCCAGCAGUUGCAUCCACGACAUGGGAGAAUAGGCCACCUGAGUGCCAGGCACUGGUGCAGGUCACUUCUGUCCUUUAGGCAGCGUUUCUCCUGGGACUUCAUUCCUAUCAGUAGCAACCCUGGUAGUGUCUGGAGUAGUUCCAGCUAUCUCUAGUCUUCAGUGCUCUGAAGCGGGGUGGUUCUGGCAGGCUGAGGGGUUUGUCAGCAGGACUGAGGCCCCACAGAAGCCAGUACCUACCAGGUUGCCCCAGAAGUUGGAGAGUGAUGAGCUGGAACUAGUGUUACUCUGGGGAAACUACCUAAAGGCUUCGGGCAGCCUGCUUGCCUUAUGUGAGGGUAGAGCGCUGGGUGCUGGGGAUUGCUUGUGGCCCACUCAACUUUUGGGGCGGUGGCCCGCAAUCCUAACUUACCCUGAGGCUCUAAUGCCCCUUGGUGCUGGAGAAAGCACCCAUACUAGGCUCUGUAGGUCCUGCACACGGAGAGUCCUGCACCUUGCUUUGGGACAAGGCCAACAGCAUCCAUACCUCUCCGGUCCCUGUGCCAACUGGUGGUAUAAAGAGGACACUGGCUCCCACACGGCUGCCUCCUCUUCUAGCUGUUUCCAGCUUCACCUGUGUAAACCUGUACUGCGAGCAGGGUUGGCUACUUAAAUGCAAGGAAGUUGCCGAAGCCACAGCUGAGUGAGGGGGCUAAAAGGUGAAGGCUUUGCCUCCCGAAGAGGCCCCCAGCUGACGCCCAUUUUGCAGUAGUUACUUUUUGAUUAAUUUUGGCAGCCUCUCUGGCCAUUGUUACUAUGUGAAGACUGGUGUUCCCUCCUAGGGACACAUAGUAUCUUUCCACGGGGCAGACCCUGUCCCAUCAUGCCAGCCUGAGUGCAUCUUGACACUGGUGCCGUGGCCAACACAGACAUUCAAGACUACUCACUAUGACGACUCCUCAGAAAUGAGGACACUUAAUUGACACAGAGCACCUUUUUAUACAGAUCAAUGGUUUCUCAUUAAACUGAUUAUUCAGUUUCA